UUGUCUGGCACAAGAGCAAUUCAUUGCAACUGCAUUCAAGAGAAAACAUACUUUUUAUUCAUUUUAAAAAAGAAAAAAGGCUUUAAGCUUGUUAAGUGUGAAGAAUCUGUUCUCUUGUCUUUGCAGGUGAUAUUAUCCCCAGAUGCAGCCCCCCCAGUUGUCAGAAUAAUGGAUUACAACAAAUAUAGAUAUGAAUUGCAAAAGAAGAAGAGAGUACAGCAGAGGAAAAGCGCUGCAAGUCGCAAGGAACUUAAAAUGGGUUACAACAUUGAUCAACAUGAUUAUGAUGUACGCUUGAGAGCUGCAAGGAAAUUUUUAAAAGAUGGCAACAAGGUUAAGGUCAUAGUGAACUUGAAGGGUCGUGAAAAUGAUUUCAGAAAUAUUGCUAUUGAGCUUAUCAGAUGUUUCCAGAAUGAUAUUGGGGAGCUUGCAACUGAAGAGAGCAAGAAAUUCAGAGAUAGGAAUAUAUUUAUUACCUUGGUUCCAAAUAAGGUUCUACAGAAAACGCAGGAGCCACCAAGGAAAAAAGACAAGUCAGCUAUAAACGAAGUGUCGGCUGGUGUAUGAGUACUCUUGGAGGUUAGUGAGGGGGAUGGUUGGCAGGCGCUCCAAAAUUUUCUGUCAAAUAGGUUUGGUAUCUGAGCUUAUGGACAGCUUAGCAAACAUUACAACAUGCUUACCUGAUUUUUUUACGAAAGAAGCAACUUUUGUAGUUUUAAUAAUUGUGAGAUUCGCUAGGAAAUCACUUGAUUUGUUUAUUUAUUUCUUUAAGUCUAAAGUAGAUUAGGGGGGGUGCUCUAUCAUGUUAGACAGAGACGUUGUAUUGAAUUUAUGAAAUGCUAUGAGGAUGCAAUUCCAAGAA